CUGCAGCGCUGCGGAGGCAACUUCUACAAUGUAACAACCACGGAAGACCCUGUGAUUGAAGAAUUAGCCCAGCAAGGAAUUGGUAAUGUCUUUGCCACUGACAUAAUAUUGGCAACUUUGAUGACUGCUCCACGAUCGGUGUACUCGUGGGAUAUUGUUGCACAUCGAGUAGGAGACAAGCUAUUCUUGGAUAAAAGAGAUACUGGUGGUAUCUCCAAUCCAGUAGAUGCAUUGACAGUGUCGGAAACUAGCGGUGAUCCACCAUCUUUUGAAGGCCAGAGUAUUAACAAUGCUAAGGAUCUUGCUACGGAAGCACUGUUCAUCAACCAGAACUUCCGCCGCCAAGUACUGAAACGUUCUGAGAAACCUUAUGUCAUGGCCCAUCCACGUGCUCCGUUUGAAGAAGAAGAUGGAGAAUCUGGAUGUGGAUAUCGGCUGGUCCUUCGGUUCCUGACAAUCAAGUCAUUCAAUGAAUGGGAUAGUUCCCAAUCAGGAGGAGUGGAUUGGAGGUGAGU